UUGAAAGUGGUUCAUUCGUUUUACGCGCCAUAUGAUAAAACCCCAACUCCCACAUCCGAGCUACUGGGAAAAUAAAAUUAAUUAAGAAAAAAAGCCAGCGGUCAAAUUCAAUUCAAUUAUAAUAAUAAUUUGGAAGUUUCCACCGCGAAAAUCGUAUGAAAUUACAGCCCUCUGUUCUUCGUUGCUAAGUUUUCUUCUCUCCAAAUUCCAAGCAUUGCUCUUCCUUUUUUUUUUUUUUUUUUAAUUAUACAUCUGUGAUCAUUCAUAUACAUCAUUCACUAUCUCUGAUAUUUCCAAACUCACGAAAAUAAGAAGCGGAAGAGAAAAAGAAGCAGCCUUUUCUUUAAUUAUGGGACAAAAUCUCGAUUCAAUGACCCAAAACCAAUCCAAAGAAGACAUCCUUUAUCACCUUGUUAUUACUGGCAACGUUAACGCCAUUAAAGCUCUUUGCAGAGAAGGUGUUAAUCUUGAGUGCAUUGAUAAAGAAGGAAAAACUCCUCUAAUUGUAGCUUGUAUGGAUUCCGGGUUGUUCAAUGUUGCCACUACUUUGAUUCAAUUGGGUGCUAAUGUGAAUGCUUAUCGUCCUGGGCGUCAUGCGGGUACUCCUCUACAUCAUGCUGCAAAAAGAGGCCUUGAGCAGACUGUUCUAUUGCUUCUCUCUAGUGGAGCAAAUGCUUUAGUGAGGAAUGAUGAUUGUCACACUGCAUUGAAUGUUGCUAGAAUAAAGGGGCAUACUAAUGUUGUUCGUGCUAUUGAGAAUCAUAUUUGCUUCUUCUCUGGAUGGCUGCGGGAAUUUCAUGGUCCAGGCUUUCUUGAGGCACUAGCUCCUCAACUAUUAUCAAGAAAAAUCUGGGUUGUUAUUAUACCUUGUGGUGCCAGUAAUCCCAUGAAGCCGCUCAGGCUGGAGCUUGCCAUUUAUACUACCUUGCAGGAUGCCCAACCUCGUACAAUCAUUGCUCUUUGGAAGGCAAAGAUUGAGGGACCCAAGUUCAAUCAGUCAGAUCCAGGAAUCACUAUAUUUGACAAUUCUACCAAAACACGAUACAAACUUGCAUCUUCCAGUGAGGGCGACAAACAGCAGCUCCACAGGUUGUAUGAUGCGUGCCGAGGAAUAUCUCAGGUAAUGCCGCCAGCAACUCAUAAUGCUUUUGAAACUGCAAUGCCUGAUAUUAUGCGACAAACGUCUGAAGAAGCUUUGGACUUGGCAAUGGCCAUAAGUGCUUCCAUUCAGUCUGCCUCAGAGGAAAGGCCACCACUUUCUAAUACUGACCAGAGCUCGGAAACAAAUAAUGCAAAUGGCUGGGGAGUUUCUGUGCAGGGUGAGAGUCACAAUGGAUGGGGCCCAGCUGUUGCAUCCUCACAUUUAGAUGCAAGCAGCAGUGGAUGGAUGGAUAAUUCAAAGAAAGAGGACUACAACUACAACGGGUGGGAUGUGCCUAAUUCUAGGCCAAUUGGCGAUCAAGGUCGUGUAGAAACCCGCACUGAUACUCCUGUUGCUCAAACAAGUGGUGCAAUUGUUGCAACAGCUCCAUCUGCUCCCCCAAUUCCUGAUGAGGCUCUAGGUGAAGGGCCAAUUCGCUAUCCAUCAAUUGAUUUUGGUCCACUGGAUUCCCUUGUUCCACCUGUGGAGCAUGGAGGUUCUGCGGCAAGUGAUGUAAAGAAUGGAGGUGGUUCUUCCUCGUGUAUAAUAUGUUGGGAAGCGCCCAUAGAAGGUGCAUGCAUUCCCUGUGGUCACAUGGCUGGUUGCAUGGCUUGUUUGAGUGAGAUCAAUGCCAAGAAAGGUGUCUGCCCGGUUUGCCGAGCCAAAAUAAAGCAGGUUAUACGGCUCUAUGCUGUCUGAAAAACUGACCUGAAUGUUCCCAGAUCCAUGGUUGGUUUGUGAAGAUCUUGUUUUUACAUUACAUUUUUUUUCUUUUUUCAUAAACGACCGAACUCUAAGUUAAAAUGGGAACAUUAUAAAAGCACGAAGAUGCAAGUAGGUUGUCAUCGCUAGCGGACAGAGAAGCAUGGACUAUAGUGAACUGGCGAUUGAACUUUGAUUGUUAGGCGUUUCCCCAAAAUGACACAUCACGACAAAAUUAAUGCACAAGAAAGAAUCCUGCAAGCAAUAUUAAAGUCCUGAGAGCAUUCAGGAAACCAUGCCGUAUGUCAUUGUCUUCCCACACUUGGAGCUGAAGUAAAUGUACCCUUCGCAGGUCGGACCGUGUCUUAUGUUACAGUUUCUUUACUGAAAAUUUAUGGACAAAGGGUCAAUUUUUCUUUAAAUUAAUGUGAAGUAUCAUCAUAUUUAAUUAA